GGCUUUGGAUCGAUGGAGAAUGGCGAUGCAUGGCGGCUGAUUCUCGCCAAGCUGCCAGUGCCCGGCCUCGCGCGCGCUGCCUGCGUCUGUCGCUCCUGGCGCGAAUUCGCGGCGGAUCCUGCCGUGAUCGCGGCCGCAUUCGCGGCGCCAUGGGAAUUGAAGCAAUUGGUGGGCGUGCCGUCCACUCCCAGCUUGUGGAAGGCGUCGGGCCUGGGCUGCUUCGCCAUCUCCCAUCCAGUGACGAAGUCGGACAGUGUCGCGGCGUUGGCUAUCAAAUACAAUGUCCAGGUUUCUGAGAUACGGCGCCUGAACAACAUGCUGAGCGACCAUGGAAUCCGUGCGAGGGACAGGCUGCUUAUUCCCGUCACAAGCCCUUGCGCUCUGCGAGGCAAGGUCUGCUUCAUUGAAAUGGACCUCCACUCGCGUCGCGAGAUGGCAGUCAUCUAUCCAGAUGGCUUGGGACCCCUCCACGAUCCCAAGGUGGCAGCCUCAAGCCUGAAAAGCACGGUUUUCCGCUCCAUGAAGACAAGCAUGAGGCUUGAUAGUGAGACGGCACAGUACUAUCUGGCACUCGCAGGGGGCAACUUCAAGCAGGCCUUGGCCGAGCUUAAGGGGGAUCUUGAUUGGGAAGAACGGAAUCUCUCACCACUGUGGUGAGUGAUUUAGCGGGACGAGAAAAUUGCCAUCACCAUCAUCAAGCUCUAAAGUGCGUAUCGUAUACGGGAUAUCUACUUUAUGCCAACAUUCCUUUCUCUACAGUCAGGGCUGUGGUGUGUAUUUUUAUGUGGGGUAAAAGAAUUUUAUAUCCGGUUUGUUGCAUCUGAGCUUGAAAGCAAAGUUUCCUGAGAGCUUUAUCAUGGACCCUGCAGAGGUGUGAGGGGAGAGUUGCUGUCCUUGGACCAGCCCAAAGCUUUUGUGAGCGCGUUUCGUUUUCUUUUUUUCUUCUCUUUUUGCGUUUCUCUCUGCAAAGCAGCAGCCUUUCUAAUCCUUCUUUUCAGCUUACAUAUGUUUUGUUUUGAGUAGCGACCUCGGGAGGAUGAUCCUAGUUAUGCUUUGCCGCGUGUUUUCGUGGGUGUAGCUUUCAAGGGCCAAGUUGCGUGGAUCAGAAGCGAGGGAGAGCAGGAGGAGGCUUUGGCUUGGCUGUGCUGGAGGGAGGAGAGAUUGUGUUCGAUGGGAAAGUGUUGCAGUCAGUGGUGCUGUCGGCUGGUGUUGCAAAUGGCGGUCUGUGCAAGCUAAAGGAGGAUGAUGCGAACUUGUCACUACAUUCUCCAGUCGAGUCCUCAUCCUUGGGCUGAGGAGACAAUAAUGUUCUCGUCGGCAGCUAUGCCCCCCGAGGAUGAGAGUUCUCCUGGCGAACGAUGCGCCAGUGCAAAUCAUCGAGUGCCUGUGGUGGUGCCGCUCCGCCAUCGCCUCGCCAAGCUCCCUCGCUGUUGCUCAAUGAUCUGUGCUGCGGAUGGAGGAGCUUGUGAGAUGAUGGAGCCGUAAGUUGGUUCAUUCAUUCUGCUGCUACUGUGGGAAAAGCCGGAAUGGUCCGAGCAAAGCUAUAAAUCUUCUCUCGCUCCUUUGCUUAUUCUUGUAUGCAGCAAGAGUUACAAGGCAAGGUGAGAGAGGAGAGUCUUGUUCUAUAGGAAUAUAUGGAUUCUUUGGUUAAUUGAGAUGUGAACUUGAUCUA